AUGAUUCGCGACGCUGAAAAGUUUGCCGACGAAGACAAAAAAUUAAAAGAGAAAGUCGAUUCGCGUACUGAGUUAGAAUCGUAUGCAUAUAGUUUAAAGAACCAAAUAAGCGAUAAAGAAAAAUUAGGUGCCAAAUUGAACGAUGACGAGAAAACAAAAAUUGAAUCUGCCAUUGAUGAGACCAUUAAAUGGAUGGAACAAAACGUGGAUGUAGAUGCAGAAGAAAACAAAAAGCAGAAAAAAGACUUAGAAGGCAUUGUUCAACCAAUUAUUGCUAAAUUGUACCAAGGCGCUGGUGGUGUUCCACCCUCUGAAGAUAGUGAUAAUUUGAAAGAUGAACUGUAAAGUGUAGUUAUACCAUUUAGUUUUAAUGGAACUUUGAAAUCAACUUAGACUGAUUCGCACUUAAUUAACUGUUUAAUUUGUUUGAUAACUUUGCAACAUUCAUUUGUAAUAAGCUACCAUAAACUCUUCGAUUUUUACGAAGCGUUUUAUAAUUUAUUUCGAUUAAAAAUAAUAUAAACAUA